AUGUUAGGGUUCUCUGGUAGAAAUGAUCUUCCAGAACAAGUUGCUCAUCACAUUAUCUCCUUCCUUACUAGUACUGCAGACCUCACCAGUUUUGGCACAUUAUCUAGAAGAUGCAGACACCCCCAUCUCUCAUCUCCAUCCUUGAAUCUUGUCCAACUUUCCGACCCGAAUGAAUCCAACUUGUGCCAGCGGGUAGAGUUGUUGGUUUCUUUGAACUGCCUCUUCAUUCUUCUUCUUAAUAACAAGAUACAGCAGCUUCCUUUUCACUGGCGGCUUUGGCAACACGAUGGCAUUGUCAAAUCAUGGGAGCUAUCUCGAAAGGCACUGAUCCGUAGGGUCAAAGUGCUUGAUAUCAACAUAUACAAUGAUGAGGGGAACAAUUUACAUUUCCAGAUGAGGGAUAUCACCAUUGAAAGCUCCUCUUUGAAAUUCUUUAGCAUUGUUGCUGGUGGCGAUAAACCUUCUAAUCUUACAAUAUCAGGUGAGAAACUUGAAGAUAUACACAUCAGGUGGCGGAUUAAUUCGUCCGGCCAAUCGUGGAACAUUGUUGCUCCAAACCUUACAUAUUUGGAACGGAUUGGGAACACAAUCAAUCACCAGCUGGGUAAAUUAUUGCAUUUGGAAAAAGGCGAGAUUUGUAUGGUUGGUGAUCACAAUAGCUUUGGCGAGGUGUUCGAGGUUUUUCGGAGUAUACGCAGGGAAAAAGUUAUAGCGACUACUCUUCAGCCUUUUUCUUUUGGUUCAAUACUAAAUAUCCUGCAAUUUGGUGUAAUUUUUUUUUUGGAGUACAAUAUUUCCUGUCUUGGCGGGCCAAUGCCAUUAGAUGAUGUUUCUUAUUUGUGUAUCACCAUUGGAAGCUUUAAGGAUCACUUAGGGCCUGAAGCAGCUUAUCUUUUUAAGAGAAUGCCUAACUUGAGUACUUUGCGCAUGAAGUGGAAUCCACGGCCCGAAUCCCACAUAUCAGAGGAUGGUUCCGGGUUUGGUAUGGAGUUUUGGAAAAUGCAAAACCUUGUUUUUAUUUAUCAGCUUAAUGAGGUAACUACAGAGCUAUCUAUACGAGCUUUCCCAGGUUAAGAAGAUUUAUUUAAGUUAUAAUACUUGUAUCCAAACCCAAGCGUGGAUGUUGAUAGAUCUACUGUUGAAAAUUUCUAUACAAUGAGA